UGGAUAUAUGCCCCGUGCUGCAAAUCAAGGGGAAAAAAGAAAAUGUUGGGCUAAACCCACCCGGGACAGACUUAUGGAUGUGGGACCAAACAGCUGAACUUCCCCAGAACCUUAGUAGUACACAUAUAUACACUUAUGGAACGAAGACAGACAAAAACAUCCGAGGAAGAAUUAGAAUAGCAGGAGAAACAGGAGGAGACUUGAAUGGCGAACCUACAAGGGAGAGCCACCCCGUGGGGUUCGCUAAGGGGGCGUUUCGACCUCCUGAUGGCUCUCGUAAUUGCAGCCAUCACGCUGACCAUUAUAUACCUUGCGAGGGACGCAGAACCGCCACCCUCUGAGGAGGAGGGUGGUGUCAGCGGCAUGGGAAAGGCGGGGCGACGGGAGGGGGAGUGCAACCUUUUCUCAGGCAGGUGGGUUUACGACAACAUGUCGUAUCCUUUAUACAAGGGGUUGGAAUGCAAGUUCUUGUCCGAUGAUUUUGCGUGCGAGAAGUACGGGAGGGAGGACCUCGGGUAUCAGAACUGGAGGUGGCAGCCCCAUGAUUGUGAUCUCCCUAGGUUCAAUGCAACAGCAAUGCUGGAGAGGUUGAGGAAUAAGAGGAUCGUGUUCGUUGGCGACUCUCUCAAUAGAGGCCAAUGGGUUUCGAUGGUGUGCUUGGUCGAAUCGGCCAUCCCUUCCAAUUCUGUCAAUUUGUUGUCCUCCCCUGGCAAAUCCUCCGUCAUGGUUUUCAAGGCCAAGGAGUAUAAUGCGUCCAUAGAGUUCUACUGGGCGCCACUGCUGGUGGAAUCGAAUUGUGACGAUCCCAGGAAACCCGAUCCCGACCGAACAGUGCGGAUUCAGGCAAUCAAGAAGCAUGCCCGGCAUUGGUCUGACGCCGAUAUCCUUGUCUUCGACACCUACCUCUGGUGGAGGUGGUCCAACGUGAAAGUUCUGUGGGGAUCGUUUGAGAGUCCCAGCGGGAUUUACAAGGAGGUGAAGAAGCUCCGUGCCUACGAGAUGGCUUUGAAUACGUGGUCGCAGUGGAUGGAAAUUCAUGUGAACCGAUCAAAGACCGAAUUGUUCUUUGUUAGCAUGUCACCAACUCAUUAUCGGGCAGAGGAAUGGGGAGGGGUUGCCGGGAAAAACUGCUACCAAGAAACGCAGCCGAUCACUAAGGAGGAUUACUGGGGAAGCGGGUCCGAUCAAGCUAUGAUGCGGGUGGUGGAGACAGUCAUCGAUGAUCUGAGAGCACGGGGCGUGACCGUAAAGAUCCUGAACAUCACUCAACUCUCGGAGUACCGGAAAGAGGCCCACCCGACGAUUUAUCGAAAGCAGUGGGUGCCACUGAAGGAGGAGCAAUUGGCGAACCCGAUGAGCUAUGCGGACUGCUACCACUGGUGCCUCCCAGGCGUGCCGGAUGUGUGGAAUGAGCUGCUCUAUGCUCACAUCUUCAAGAAUUGGGUACCCAAAUUAGAGGAAAACGUAUAAACCGGGGCAUCUAAAGUAUUUCGGAAUAUUGGAUGUUCAAUUUGUACAAUAAGCUCAAAGAUCGAGAUUUUUUACGUGUUCAAAUAAAUUUGACAAAUUUUCAACAUUAUUUGUUACAUUUGCACAUCUAAAAUCUAUGCUAUAAGAGGAAGGGGUCUUAAUAUA